CCAAAGUGAACGUGUUUAGUUUUUUGUAUUAUUUUAAUAGAUAUCAGUUUUUUAAUUUACCGCAACUAACUAUUUUUAAUUGUGUUCUAAUCUCAGUAGCUUAAAUAUUGAGACGAACCGUAGGCUAUAAACAAUGUUUUUCUGAAUCUACCUUAUUCAAUCCAUAGUGUGACCUAUGCAUUAGGUUACACUUGAUGUAAGCUGCAGUUAGAAGAUUCAACUAUUAAAACUGCAGAAAAGACAAACAUUUCAGUAUGGACCGAGCUAAUAAAAUGCAGAGUCCCAUUCAAAGCAGCAGUCAAACCAAGGGACUUCCUGGUCUUCCACCUUUACCUGCUUCCAAGCAAAAACAUGAUUCAGAUCUGUACCAGAUUGUAUUAAAAAACAGUGCCCACCCACCUAUAAUGCAAGGGUGGUCAUGGACUCUGCUAUCACCUUUUAAGGAGCAACGUCACCAUCGAUCUCCCAGUGAAUCGAUUGCAAACAACUACACACCAACAGCUGCUAAUAUAAAGAUCCGAGACAUUCCUGUUAAGUACAGAAACGUCCGGCGUGUUUUGAAGACACCACUCACAAGAUCCAUUGGUCCAUCUCCACCUAAAUCUUCAAGGAAAGCAACAUAUCCAGUUUCACCUACAUCACCAAGAAAAAAAAAAAGACUUGAUAAAGUAUCUCCGCAACAUGCAAAACUUGGAAAUGGUGCGGACAUGCAAAUGGAGGUUUCUUCACCUCGAAGAUCAACAAAAAAGUCUUCCCCAGCUGAGGAAAUGGAAGAAGACCUUCCUCCGAGUCGUCCAAUGUCUCCUAUGGAGCAGAUCACCACCAUCCAAAGUAUUGAGCAAGAAUCUGCAUCAAAAACCAAAGAACCAACUGAAACAGAUUUAGAGAGAUACUACUACUACAUCCAAAAAGGAAUUGACUCCAAGCAACUUGCAGGGCCACCACCUGGUCAAAUGGAUCGAAUCGAAUCCAGUUUGCCCGAGAAUUUAAGAGAAAAUGUUGAUUUAAAAAUAUUGCAACAAAAUUUAACCGAUGAAGUGCUUAAUGAUUACGACUUCAGCUACAGAAAGUCAAUCAUUGAUUACAUUCUGAAUGAUGAGAAUGAGCGAGCCAGAGUUCAUGUGAAUGCAAUACCACAGCCUUUUAAGCAUAAAGUUAUCAGAGCACCAGUGCCAUGGAAGAAUUCAUGCUUUAACGCACGGGAGUUUUGUAAGAGAAGUCUUUUCACAGUAAACCCACUGAUGCAGAAAUUGCAGGAUCUCUGGUUUGACAAAUUCAGCUCACUUCGAUUUGUUAACACUGAAGAAUUACUAAACUCUGACUUACCUCUGCAUCCUUCGGAUUUUGAAGACCUGGUGGGCAAGCAAUGUGAACAAACACGAGAUGUGUUGAUUAAACAGUGGAUCCCUUCAGCUGUGAAACUUUUUCAUCUGCAUAAGGAUGUUUGGAUACAUCUUGUGCCUUUAAAUGACAAUGACAGCACUGUUCAAGUGCAAGAGUUCUUUGCAUGUGCUGCCUCUUUAAUGUCCAACCAACUCAGAGAAAUGGUGAUCAAUUCACUUUCUGAUUUGAUGAAUUUCUUCAAGAUGCACCAGGAUGGGAAUGAUUUUGGAAGCACAUACACAGAUCUCCGAUACUGUGUGCGACCUGUUAUGCUUCUACAGCUUCAAGUCAGAGACACAAAACUGUUUUUCAGUCCAAGUUUCUCUGAUUGUAGAGAUGUGAUGCUAAAUUGCUUUUCUCACAUCACCACCGCCGCAGAAGCCAUUCCCAGAGUGGAAUGUGACUUGUUCCCUGAAAUGAGAGACACAAGCUUGACACUAAGAACUGUCAACCCUGAGGAGCAACUGGUAAAGGAAUUCAUAGAUAUAGCUAUGCAGAUCUUUAAAGCAAAUACCAUCGGACCACAAAAAUAUCUUGAUGUGUAUAAGAAAUAUGCUGAUCUUUUGAACAACAAAGCUGAGAUGGAAGUUGUGCAGUUUAUAAAGGAGGAACAUGACCUAGAGGAUUACAUGAGCAUCAUAUCAAAGUUUGAGAGCAUAAGAUCCGAGAUCCUUGUCUUGCGAAUGAGCGUACCUCUCAGUCUGUUUUGUCUCUCCUGCUCCGAUCUGAAUGAAGAGCACGCAGCUCGAGCACAAAAGUUAAAAGACAGACUUGUUUUGCAUCAAAUUGAGUUUAACAGGGAGCAGAAUAAAAGCAUUUGCCACCGUUACGAUGCAAUUGCUGAUCGUGUGUCUGAGAUGCCAGAAUCUACUGUUGACCUUGUGGCUUUGGUGGAAUUCCUUAAAACAUCAAAUGAUGUGACCAUACAUGAGUUGAAGGAGGAGAUACACAACGCAGCUGAUAGACUGGAAUUUUUACUUGACUAUGCCACUUUACCAUAUGAGGACAUUAAACUGAACAGCAAUGUGUUCCACUGGCCUGACCAAAUCCACACUGUAUUUGAUAUUAACAGGAGUCGACUUCUUAAUAGAAGAGAAUCUGCUGAAGACAAACUUAGAAAGAGAAUCAAAGAUUUUGAAGAAACUUUGAUUGGCUACAACAAAGAAGUUGAAUCAUUCAAGAGAAAGGAAGUGGCCACACCUGAUGAGAUGCAAAGGAAUGUUGACAAACUCAAUGAAAUGACCAAAUUACUGGAGCAAGCUACCCAAGAUCUUGAGACAAUCAAUGAAGAAGAAAGAUUGUUGGAAUUUGAAGAAAGUUCUUUUCCCAUCCUUCAAUCAAUGUUCCAGUUCAAACAACCAUAUGAUAAUUUAUGGAACACAGCUUUACAAUGGCACACCAAGAAUGAGCUUUGGAUGAAUGGAUCCUUCCAAGAAUUAAACUCCGAAGAGAUAAACGAGGACAUUGGUCAGAUGUGGAGGACUGCUUACAAACUCACCAAAUCAUUCUCAGAUGCUGCUGGACCUCGUCGGAUCGCAGAGGCUGUAAAGUCAAAGAUUGAUAAGUUUAAGCAACAUCUGCCAAUUUUGAGCACCAUCUGCAACCCUGGUAUAAAGGAGAGACAUUGGGAGCAGAUCAGCGACAUUGUUGGGUUUGACAUCAAACCAGAACCCGAGACAUCACUACUGAACAUGCUUGAGUUUGGACUAAGCAAAUUUAUAGAUGAAAUGGAACAGAUUGGCACCAAUGCUGGUAAAGAGUUUGCACUCGAAAAGAGUUUGUUCAAAAUGAAGACUGAAUGGGCAGAAAUAACCUUUACUAUUAUCCCAUACAGAGAUACGGAUCAGACUAUACUUGGAGCUGUGGAUGAGAUACAGGUGUUGCUAGAUGACAACAUAGUGAAGUGUCAGACCAUGAGAGGAUCACCUUACAUUGCACCUUUCAUGGAGGAAUUUUCGGAGUGGGAAGAGAAGUUGGUUUUGAUGCAAGAUAUUUUGGAUGCGUGGCUUAAAUGUCAAGCUACAUGGCUUUAUCUUGAACCAAUCUUCAGUUCGGAAGAUAUUCUUGCUCAGAUGCCAGAAGAAGGAAGAAAGUUUGGGAUUGUUGAUGCUUACUGGAGAGAUAUCAUGCUAGAAGCUGGGAAGGAUUGUAAAGUAUUGGUGGCCACGGCACAGCACAAUAUGUUGGGAAGACUGAAUGAGUCCAACUUACUUCUUGAUGAGAUUCAGAAAGGUCUUAAUGAUUAUUUAGAGAAGAAGAGAAUCUUUUUUCCCAGGUUCUUCUUCCUGUCAAAUGAUGAACUGCUCGAGAUACUUUCUGAAACAAAAGACCCAUUGCGUGUUCAACCUCAUCUCAAGAAAUGCUUUGAAGGAAUUGCGAAACUCCAGUUCACUGAGCAGAUGGAGAUCACUGGAAUGAUAAGUUCAGAAGGAGAGGUCGUUCCUUUUACCACCAAGAUAUAUCCAGCCAAAGCAAAGGGUAUGGUUGAAAAAUGGUUGCUUGAAGUUGAAUCGAAUAUGAUUGUCAGCAUCAAACAAGAAAUGUUUAAAUCAUUUGUGGAUUACGCCGAGAAACACAGAAAGAAAUGGGUGUUGGAUUGGCCAGGCCAAAUUAUUCUGUGUGCCUCACAAACAUACUGGACUAGUGAAGUGGCAACUGCAAUUGAAGAAGGAUAUCUGGAUAAAUAUCUUCAACAAUUGAACUCCCAAAUUAAUGACAUCGUAGACCUUGUGCGUGGAAAGCUGGACAAAGGUGCUCGAAUCACACUGGGUGCAUUGACAGUACUUGAUGUUCAUGCUCGUGACACAAUCGUAGAACUGGUUAAAACCGGAAUCGACAAUGUUCUGGAUUUCCAAUGGCUUUCCCAGCUGAGAUAUUAUAAUGAUGGACAAGAUUUUGCUGUGCAGAUGAUCAACACUGAUUACAUGUACGGAUAUGAAUAUCUUGGGAACUCAGGAAGGCUGGUCAUCACUCCUCUUACUGACAGAUGUUACCGUACAUUAAUGGGGGCACUUAAGUUAAACCUUGGUGGGGCACCUGAAGGACCUGCUGGUACAGGGAAGACAGAAACAACAAAAGAUUUGGCAAAAGCGCUGGCCAAGCAGUGUGUGGUGUUCAACUGUUCUGAUGGUUUAGAUUACAAAGCCAUGGGAAAGUUUUUUAAAGGUCUUGCUUCUUGUGGAGCCUGGGCUUGCUUUGAUGAGUUCAAUAGAAUUGAGAUUGAAGUACUCUCUGUGGUAGCCCAGCAAAUCUUGAGCAUUCAGAAUGGAAUUAUGCAGAAGAUGAAACGAAUCAUUUUUGAAGGAACUGAUAUCAGUUUAAACUGGACGUGUGCUGUCUUUAUUACCAUGAACCCUGGUUAUGCAGGACGUACAGAACUUCCAGAUAACUUGAAGGUCCUCUUCCGUGCUGUUGCGAUGAUGGUACCGGACUAUGGGAUGAUCGGAGAGAUCUCUUUGUACUCCAUGGGGUUUGUGGAUGCAAGAAGUUUGGCUCAGAAGAUUGUUGCGACUUACAAACUCUGCUCUGAGCAGCUUUCAUCUCAGCAUCAUUACGAUUAUGGUAUGAGGGCCGUGAAAACUGUCCUUACAGCUGCUGCCAAUAUGUCAGAAGUGAAAAGCUACGCAGCAUCUCCUACAUGGUCUAGUGGUUAG